UCAGCUGAAUUUGUUGCCAUUCAGAAUGCAGUGUUUGUGAAGGCGUAGUUCUGUUGUUUUUUAUAUUUUCCCUCUUUAAAAAUACACAAAAUGUUGAAACCCAAAGCUUUGACGCAGGUUCUCAGCCAGGCGAACACCGGCGGAGUGGAGAACACCCUCCUGCUCAGCCAGGAGGGAGCUCUAUUGGCCUACUCCGGUUAUGGCGAUAAGGAUGCCAGGAUAACGGCGGCCAUAGCCAGCAACAUAUGGGCGGCCUACGAGAAGCAUGGACGCAACGCCUUUCGCGAAGGUCGCCUCACUUUCGUGCUCAUCGAUUGUGAAAACGGUCAUGUGGCCAUCACACAGGUUGCCAGUGUCCUUUUGUGCCUGUACGCCAAGCAAACGGUGGGAUUGGGUCUUCUGAAGCAAAAGGCCAUGUCACUGGCCUCCUAUUUGGAGCGACCGCUUAAGCAGAUCUCGGCCUCAUAAGGAUAAAACAAUGAUGUACCAAGUUCCGAAAUGAAUAAGUUAAUAAGUGUAUGCAUCAAAAGUGAAUCAAAUGAAUAUGAAUAGUCUGCGGAAAAGUUUAAACGAUAAUAUAUUAGUACUUGAAAUUAUGAAUCUUUAAGGAUUUUGUUAGUAUUUAAGGAAAAACUUGUCUGCUGGUUUCCAAAAGUAACCCAAAGAUAUUUCGUAUUCUGAAUUAUUUGGAUAGAGGGUCAGGUUUAUUAUUCUGCAAGAUUUGUUCAAGAAAACACACAAUCAUUAGGGAAUAUUGUAUAAGAAAAUUUUGGACUUAAUUACUAAGUGUGGACUUAUUCGAUGGCGUAGAGCUUCAGGGUGCGGUCCAUGCUGGUGGAUGCCAGAUACUGGGCGUGCUUGCCGAAUCUCACGCCCGUUGCCAGGGCCGUGUGGUCGUUGAAUACCUUCAGUUCCUGCCACUGCUUGCACAGGUAAACCCUGUAAAUAAAACGAAGCAACCGUCAGAAUUUGUAUUUGUACCGUGGCAACCAAAUAAACAAGUUAACUAAGGGAAUCUUCUUUGGCGAAUUUAACUUAACAAUGCGAAAGUUUAAAAGAAAAGUUUACCGCGAAUAUGAAAAUUUCGUGCGACCCAAGACCCAUGUGGAACCGGAGCCUCCAAAGCCCAUAAACUUAUCGAUUGAGGACUUCAAUGCGCGCGGAGAGAUCGCCAAUCCCCGUGCUCCUUGUGUGGUCACCACCAUCGAUCCCGAUUAUAUUAAGGACGCCAGUGCGCAACGUUUGGCCAGAAAAUUUCGCAUGAAAACGGACAUCCUACUCUUGAGGGAGAUUACCCGCAAUCGCUUUAUGUACUAUGCUACGCAAGAACUUUUUUUGGACCGAAAACGCGAGAAGGAAUACCAAGACAAUGUAUACGAAAAGGCCGAGGAGUUUCACAAGUUUGCAGAGGAGUCGCUCAAGAAAAUGGAAGCGGAGGAGUUUAAGAAAAUGUUAGAGGCCCAAGAAAAGCUGAAGACACUGAAGGAAAGCAAACUGAGCGAAGAGCUGAACGAGGUGAAGCUGGAGCAUCAGCGAGUGCUGAUGGAAGUGCAGGAGGUCUACGGUCGCUUUCAGUAUUUACUCAAACUGAUCAGCUACUUUGAUGACACAGUUGAGGAGGAGCAAACCGAGGGAGACGAUGCCAGCAAUAGGCUUAGCAUGCCGCAGGAAAUCGUAGCCAUGGAGAUCACCGAACGACAUCCAGCGGGUCUCGAGCAAGUGCGUCAAGUCCAAGACUACAUGGAGAAGAUAGUGCGUCCGUAUUUGGCAAAGCGGAAUCAUCUCAAUGCAGAGAUUUGGAUACGUGGCUAUGAGAGAAAUCGCUUAAAGGUGUCCAACUACAACAGGCGCUUUUCUCAGUUGGCAAUCUUGAACCACAUCGUAGCCAUCCUCCAUGACAAGGCCCAGAAGACGUACGAGCGUCAGGUGAAAGCCAAUGUGUUCCUCAAGGAUCCCGAGUUCCUGCAGCGACGGGUGGCAGGUCUUCAGGAGCGUGCCAAGGGUCUAUUAAAUGACUUCGAGCAGAGAUACUGCAAGGACAAGCUGAAUAUCAAGCUAAAUGCUAUUGUACCAAUUAUUCUCAAGCAAAUCCAAAACAAAGUUAAGCCGGAGCAAAAGCGAGAGGUUACGCAGCCGCCAUCCAAGCCAGCAGCCCAGAAGUCGUCCAAGCAAUGGCGAACACUGGAAGACAUGCAGCCUCCACCACCGCCACCCAAGUCUACAUACGCGGACGAACAGGACACGACUCUUGCCAAGGUGGAGAAAAUCCAGGGCUACGUUUUGGAGCUCUUGGCUAAACUGGACCACAUCGAACCGAGCAAGCUGCGAAGUGUCGAGCAGCAGGUUCGACGUCGCAUGGCAGCGGAGAAGGAAAUGUCUCGCCGUGCGUUAGUCAAGCAGAACCGGCUACACAACUGGAUGGCGCAUUUCAAGAAGCAUCAUGAUCAGCAGGUUGAGCAACGAUGGAAAAAUAAAGUCUAAGCUAGACAACAACACCAUACUUAAAACAUUAAAUGAAUACAAUUUAAAACUU